AUGGAAUCUUUCCCGCUCGAGGCCGCCGAUAGUGGCGUUCAUCCAGACCAGGCGUGCGAGGUGAAUGAGAUUGAUGCGGAUGUGAUGGGCUCAGCUGUGACAAGUGAAGCGACCAAAGCACCGGCCAAGGCGGUGAAUCCGCCCCGGGCGAGUCUUGCUUUCAGCUCCCAUCGUUUCCAAUUUGCCCAAUCAGUGGCCCGCGAGAUCGUGGGCCUCGUAAGAGCGCCGUUGUAUGCCACCGUUUCAGCUGCCCUGCCCGAGCAACUCGCCACAGUUUCCAUCUUCCUCUGGCCUGGACUGGCUCGCUUUCGCGUUCGGGAUGCGGCCUUGAUCGGUGACCCGCCACUCCUGCGCAGGCGCGCAGUCGAUGAACAAAUCAAGACCAGCUCUGAGCAAAAGCAAAUGAGAUAA